AUGCUGGAGCGCCGUGGUGAUGGUGCCACCUUCACACCCUUCAACUGCAAGGCAGAUCGUUCCGAUGCCCUGGCCAAGUGCUUCAGCUACUUCGAGAAGGUCGCAAGUGUUAUAACCAACCUGGCUGCCUUGAAGGAGAGCACCUUACAUGUGCUUCAUCACUUUGCUGCCGAGAGAUGUAUGUACUUGGAGCUGCGAACUUCUCCCAAGCAGUUCAAGGUCAGCUCUCAAAAUGGCUCGGAUGAGGGAAAAGAGCUGACCACAAAGCUGCAGUACCUGGAAACAGUGCGCGAAGCCAUCCAAGAGUUCCAUGCAAAGGCACAGGAUCAGUUUGGCUUCGUUAUGGAGGUUAAGCUGCUUCUCAGCGUCGACCGCGGCAAGGUGACCUCCAAAGAAAGUGCACUGGCGCAGAUUGAUGACAUUCUGGUCAUGCACAAGGAGCAUUCUGAUCUGGUUGUGGGCAUCGACAUCUGUGGAAAUCCGCAUGCAAACACUGUGAAGUCGCACCUUCUUCCAGCCCUUUUAGAGAGGAGUCAUGCCUUUCAGCGGCUACCAAUCACCUUCCACACAGCAGAAAUUCCUGAUGAUGAGGAAAGCAAAAUGAUCAUCGACAGCAUGUGCAAGCUCAACAUCAGGCGGUUGGGCCACGUGACCUACCUUCCAGACAGCUGUCGAGAACGAGUUCUGCAGGGUGUUUUUGAGGAUAGCGGUGUGGGCAUCGAGCUUUGCCCGACCUCCAACAUGAUCACCAAGGAAAUCCCCAGCUUAGAGGACCAUCAUUUCCUGGACUGGUGGCAGAAGUCCGACAAGAUCCAUCUCAGUGUGAACACUGACGAUGUCGGUUUGUUCUCCUGCGACCUGUCCUCUGAGAUUUACGACCUGGCCACAGCCUUCCACCUGUCCAGGCAAGAUGUUAUCAGCCUCCAACGGCAGGCAAUCCAGUCGGCAUUUCAUCCGGACAGGAAUGGGCUGUCGAAGAUGUUCGAAGACAUGCUGUCUUGUCCGCCCUCAAAGCCGGUUGCGAAUUUGGUCAACAGCCACAAGCGUCAGAAACUAAACGGGCUCACAGCUUAG